CGAUUAUUGCCUUGGAUUUGACAGAAUAUAUACUCGUUAAAACUCAUAACUCCGCUGGAUUGGCGACGGGUCGACAUUGAAUCUAUAUCUAGCACUCCGACGCCGUUAUCCGCAAAAGCCUGCUUCCGUCCUUCUCCCCGCCUAACUACUUGACUCCUGCGUGCAGUUGAUAGCAUACAUCAACCACGCUUGAUCGAAAUAACCCCGGUGGCUUUUUCUUUGGAGCACUCGGCUCUCGUCUACUUGGCUCCUUGAACUAGAAAUACAAUGGGCUUUUUUACGGGUUUCGCGAGCGGAUUCGCACUCACGACGACCGUCCUCUACCUAACUGUCCAAGUCCACCGAUACAACCGUCUAGAGCAACGCAACGCGAUCCACGAGCAAACCCGCGCAUUGACCUGGCUGGCCUCGUCCACAGGCGCAUACGACCGCCGCUUGAUCCCCAGCGAAGCCGAGAAGCUCCGGGAGCUGCCUCCCAGACGUACGCAGCCGACGCUGUCCGAACUACUCAAGCAUCGCUGGAAUACGGAGGUGGAGACAUUGGCCAACAGGGCUUACGAGGCUAGCUGGGAGGAUGCGAGGGAUUUGGCGGUGGAAGGGUGGAGGUCGGCUGUCAGGCUGGUGAAGAGUGAGGAGUAGGAAGGGCUUGUGUGGUUGGCUUAUUUGUGGCUGUUUGGUUAUAUGUGUUGUGCGCGCGGGCUUGUAUGAUAUCGGGAGCGGCUUUUCUCUGAUACCCUUGAUUU